GCUCGCAAUAGUUCCACUGUUAUUUACCCAAGUAAGUGCCAAGACCUUGCACAGUUGCCACCAGUUCCUCUACGUGUUAUUGUUGUUGUAUGGCGGCGAGAACGCUGACAAAAGCAAUAAGUUGUUUUGUCAAGAAUCCACGCUUACAUCGUUGCGGAAACCUGAGUAUACUUCCCGUGACACCAAGCGAAGCUGUCAGCUUUCCGUUCGCACAUUCCACGCUUGGAAAGAGUCAGUACUUUUCCACAAAAGGCAUGUCCAUUAUGGGGAAUUUGGUGAAGGAGAAACUCUCUGCCUCUCGCCAGGUUGUUACCGAGUUUGUUGAGGACAAUAUGGUUAUCGGAGUUGGGAGUGGAUCCACAAUAGAUUUGGCUGUCCGCUUUCUAACUUCAAAGAUCCGCGACGGAAAUCUGCACGUGGUGUGUAUUCCGACCUCAUUCCAAGCUCGGCAGUUGAUCCUGGAAAAUAAUCUGAUCCUCGGUGAUCUCAACUCUCAUCCUAUACUUGAUUUGGCCCUUGAUGGUGCUGACGAAUGCGACGAAAACCUGACCCUGAUCAAAGGUGGAGGAGGAUGCCUUACUCAAGAAAAAAUCGUUGCUUCAUGCGCCAAGAGGUUGAUCAUCAUUGCCGAUUACACAAAGAUGAGUACAAAGCUUGGUGAAAAGUGGAAGAAUGGAAUUCCUAUUGAAGUCCUUCCGUGUGCCUUCACUCCCGUGGCAAAGAAGAUUGAAGAAAACUUUGGAGGGGUUGCUAAACUUCGAAUGGCAGAAAAGAAAGCCGGGCCCGUGGUGACUGACAAUGGCAAUUUUAUCCUCGACUGGAAAUUCCCGACAGAUGUGACCUUUGAUUGGAAAAGCACCAACACAACUAUUACAAUGAUUCCUGGAGUUGUGGAGACUGGUCUGUUUGUUGGUAUGGCGGAAAAGGUCUACUUUGGAAUGGCAGAUGGAUCAGUUUUGUCAAAGUAAUUUUUAUUAAGACUGCAUAUAUAUAUUAUAGUGUAUGUGCCAUAAAUAAUACACUACGGGCUAAAAAAUGA